AUGGCGAAUCUCUACUACCUCAAUAACCCUCCCCAUCCCCUUUGGGAUUAUAUCUCCGGUGCCCUUGAGGAGCAUCCUUUCUUUGCUCCUCAGGGUCGCCACCCGCAUAACCAUCACCGUGGUCCUCAUCCGCAUCCGUUCGGAGGGUGGGGAGCUACACCCCAGGCCGAGGACGUCCCUAAACAGCCCGAGGAACAGCAAGCUGGGCCGUCCGACAAGCAACAAAACGAGGAUAACUCUUCCUCAUCAUCAGACUCCGAGCCCUCGGGCGACGAGAAGAAGCACCGUCACGGAAAGCGCGGUGGGAAAGGAAAAUGCAAGGCUCGUGGAAAGGGCUGCGGCAAGGGCAAGCAUGGACCGGGCCAUCACCACCAGGGAUGGGGAAAUCCCUACGCCGGUCCUUUUGAAGGUCCCUUUGGAGGUCCUUGCGGGGGUGGCCCUCACCACCACGGUGGACCAAGAGGCCGUUGGUUCGGAGGCCGAGGAGGCCCCAGCGGACCGCGAGGCUGGCACCGUGGCCCUCAUCCCCAUCACCGUGGGGGACCACCUCCGUUCGCACGGGGAGGACCCGGAUUCCCAGACUUCGACUUCCUACGCAACCUAGGCGCCCAGUUCGGGUUCCCCUUCGCAGCGCAGACUCCAGAGGGCGUCGACUUCGUACCAACAGUGGAUGUCUUCGACACGGCAACCAAAUACGUCGUGCACGUCUCUCUCCCCGGCGCAAAGAAAGAAGACCUCAGCAUUGAUUAUGAUGCCGGCGAGUCCGUGCUGCGUCUGGCGGGUGUUGUCUACCGCCCCGGUAUCAACGAGGAUCUGCACCAAGGGCUCGUGAUGGAAGAGCGUGCGCGCGAAGUGGGCGUGUUUGAGCGCGAGGUCCGCCUCGGCACGCGCACGGCUCCGGCUGCUGUUGUUGUCGAGGAGAUCACCGCGAAGCUGGAGGAUGGUGUGCUUAAUGUUACCGUUCCUAAAGUUCAGGAGCCGGAGGUGAGCAAGAAGAAGGUUGUUGUUGUUGAAGAGGAGGUGAAUGAGAAGGAUGCGAUGCCUGUGGAUGAGAGCGAUAGCGAGACUGCUACACCUGAUGAAGGGUCUGAGGGUAGCGAUGUGGAAGGCGAGGCGAGGGAGUAUGUCAAGGUUGCUGUGCAGUGA